AAGUUGUUUUCGGUGGCUCACAUGUUUUUCUCUGCGUAUUUUUGUCGGCACAUGUGAUUACAAUAUUUAGUAGGACUAUGUUUCUUUUACCUGCUUCAGAUGAUGCUGUUACAUCAGUUGUAGCACCGUUGUCAGCACCAGUAAAAGCCUCGUUUGAACCAGCUGGACGUUGGUUUGAAGCGCUGUGUUUACGUAGACGACACAAGCAUUCCCUGUCCUACCAUUCGCUGCAGAGCUCCAGCAGCGAGGAGAGUGACCAUGAAGAGAUAGAGGAGGAGGAUAAUUCAGCCCUAUUACAAGGACUGGACCCCAAAGAAUGGAAGCAACAAGAUCAUUAUGCAGUUCUAGGGUUGAGUAAAAUCAGAUAUAAGGCCACAGAAAACCAGAUCAAAAAAGCUUAUAAAAGUAUGGUAUUAAAACACCAUCCAGACAAAAGGAAAGCCAGGGGGUUAAAGGUCGGAGAUGGAGAGGAUGAUUAUUUCACAUGUAUUACAAGAGCAUAUGAAAUUUUGGGAAACAAAACAAAGCGGCGGUCGUAUGACAGUGUGGAUCCACAGUUUGAUGAUGAUGUGCCGUCUGUUGAUGAUGAAUCAAAGAAAAAUUUCUUUAAAGUGUUUGGCCCGGUUUUUGAAAGGAAUUCAAGAUGGAGCAACCGAAGGAUAGUUCCAGGUCUUGGGACAGACUCCACUUCUAUAGAAGAUGUCAAUAAAUUCUAUUCAUUCUGGUAUGAUUUUGAUUCCUGGAGAGAGUAUUCAUAUUUAGAUGAGGAGGAGAAAGAAAAGGGAGAGAAUCGUGAAGAGAGAAGGUGGAUAGAGAAACAAAACAAAGCAGCCAGACAGAGGUUAAAAAAGGAGGAAAUGGCUCGGAUCAGACAAUUAGUGGAUAAUGCGUAUGCCUGUGAUCCCCGUGUGAUACGGUAUCGGGAAGAGGAGAAAGAGAAAAAGGAAGCUCAGAAACGUGCCAAAAAGGAAGCUGCUAGGCAGAAGGCCCUGGAGGAGGAGAGGAUAAAACAAGAAGCAUUAGAAGAGGAAAGAAAGAAAAAAGAGAAAGAGGAAGAAGAAGCAAAAGCUCAGGCUGCAAUUGCCAAAAAAGAAAAAGAAGCACAGAAAAAGUUAAUUAAAAAGGAGCGCAAAACAUUGAGAACAGUAGCAAAGGAUAUGAAUUAUUUCACUGAAAAAGAAGAUGAGAGAGUGACCAACAUGGCAGAUGUAGAAAGACUGGCAGACCAACUCUCACUCCUAAAGUUACAGUCACUUAAUGAAGCCAUGGCAGCAGAUGGAGGACAAAAAGCAAAGGAGGCAUUUUCCUCAGCAGUUGAAGAGCUGAACAAACAGAUUGAGGAAGAGAAACAAAAACACCUGGAGGCCGUACAGAAACAGUCAGGGGGAGAUAACUCACAGGGUUCUAAAAAAACGUGGCUGGAGUCAGAAAUUCAGUGCAUGAUUAAAGGAGUCAAUCUGUUCCCUGCAGGGACAAAAGAGAGAUGGGAAGUGAUUUCCAGUUUUAUCAAACAGCAUGUCCCAGACAGUAACAAAAAUGCAAAAGAUGUUCUUCACAAAGCCAAGGAACUGCAGAAAAAUGACACUUUCCUAAAACAAAAUGCUGAUAAGAAGGCCUUCGAGAACUUUGAGAAAAAUGUGAAGACUGCAAAUGUACAAGCCAAACCCAAAGAGGGCGUGGUUAGUGAGAGAUUCGAGAGUAUAGGGGAACAGCAGGUGAGAGAGGCAGGAACAAACCCCGCCCCCUGGUCACCGGAGGAACAGAAACACCUGGAGCAGGCCCUGAAGACGUUCCCCGCCAGUACCCCAGACAGAUGGGACAGGAUCAGUGAGUGUAUCUCAAGUCGCAGCAAAAAGGACUGCAUGAAACGCUACAAGGAACUUGUGGAAAUGGUGAAAGCAAAGAAAGCAGCUCAAGAUGCAACUGCGAAGAAAAAAUAAACAGAAGAUGAAAUUCGUCCUGGCAUUCAUGAAUCUGGAUCUUAGGAUUCAGUAUUAAGUAUCAGUGAACAACUACAGAUUAUUAGAAACCUAUUCUGGGUUAUUGCUCAUUAGUCACUGUGAAGAAUUACAUUCUCACUCGUGCGUCUACUUCCAUUGUUUGGUCCCAGAAGCGCACAAUGCCAGAGGGUUCCUAUGAUGUACAUUUGUUACUCGCUAUGCCUUUUGAAACCCUGAAAUUUGUCAAGAGUACAUUAAGACAUAAUGGAUUUUUCAUUUGUGUACAUGAAAAUUUCUAACAUUGUUGUAAUUGUUGAUACCUGAUGGAUCAUAUUGGCAAUCUGUGAUACAAAUUGUUUAUAACAUCAUUUACAGUUGCGUAUUAAACAUUUUCCAAGUUAAAA